AUGGAGAAGUUUCAGGCGGUGCUGGACCUGCACCUCAAGCACCGCAAUGCGCUGGGUUACGGCCUGGUGAGCCUGCUGACGGCGGGCGGGGAGCGCAUCUUCUCCACCGCGGUGUUCCAGUGCCCGUGCAGCGCCGCCUGGAACCUGCCCUACGGCCUGGUCUUCCUGCUGGUGCCGGCGCUGGCGCUCUUCCUCCUGGGCUACGUGCUGAGCGCGCGCACCUGGCGCCUGCUAACCGGCUGCUGCGCGCCGGGCGCGCGCACUGGCUGCGGCGCAGCGCUGCGCGGGGCCCUGGUGUGCGCGCAGCUCAGCGCUGCCGCUGCGGUCGCGCCGCUCACCUGGGUGGCCGUGGCGCUGCUCGGGGGCUCCUUCUACGAGUGCGCCGCCAGCGGGAGCGCCUUCGUGGCGCGGCGCCUGUGCUUCGGCCGCAGCCCCGGCUGCGCGGCCCAGCUGCCGCUGGUGCCCUGCCGUCAGGUCCAGGCGCCCGACGUGCAGGACCUGCAGAAGGAGCUCAAGGCCCAGUCGCAGGUGUUGGGCUGGGUCCUGAUAGCAGUUGUUAUCAUCGUCCUCCUGAUUUUUACAUCCAUCACCCGAUGCCUAUCUCCAGUUAGCUUCCUGCAGCUGAAAUUUUGGAAAAUCUAUUUGGAACAGGAGCAGCGGAUCCUUAAAAGUCAAGCCACAGAACAUGCAACCGAACUGGCAAAAGAAAAUAUCAAGUGUUUCUUUGAGUGUUCACAUCCAAAGGAAUACAACACUCCAAGCAUAAAAGACUGGCAGCAAAUUUCAUCACUAUAUACUUUCAAUCCAAAGGAACAGUACUACAGCAUUUUGCACAAAUAUGUGAACAGAAAAGAGAAGAAUCGAAGUAUCAGAUCUUCUGAAGAAGAUGCAGUGGUUCCUGUUCUUGGCUUUGUAGAUUCAUCUGAUAUGAACAGCACUCCAGACUUAUGACCUUAUGAAUAGGAAAAAAGUUCUUUU